CACAACAAGCUGGACUUCCCCCUUCGCCUCGACCGGUCAGGACCCCGAACGGACCGGGAAACCUCUCGGUAAGAAACAACCUGGAGGUUCUGCCUGGGUUCCACUCAAGGAACCAGUCGGACAGCAUUCAGCGCUUUGACGCUCAGGAUUACUCGCCCGGACGGACCCGAUCGUCGGCGGCCCACUGCUCGCUCUUGAGGACCUGCGACCUGGAAGGACUAAAAUAAGGCCAGGCAAAAAUUCUUCUGGACUCCGCCUUUCCCCGCUCCUUCGCUCAGACAGGAGAGUGAUUUGACGCCUCUGGGGCCACAGGUCACGGACACCCCCACCUCAGCAGGGCUUUAAUCGAGACCCCCCCCCCCCCCCCGCGGCCGCCCAGAUGGCCAACGGCUCCGUCUACCAGCUGAUCGAGGACUGCGAGGCCACGCACAAGGCGCUCUACAAGUUCUACGCCGCCGUCAUGAUCAUCACGGUCAUCCUGGCCCUGCCGCUCAACGCGUCGGUGCUCCACCUCUUCAUCUUCAAGAUGAAGUUCUGGAAGUCCAACAGCAACCACGUCUUCCUGUUCAACCUGGUGCUGGCCGACAUCUUGCUCCUCUUCAGCCUGCCCAUCAAGGCCUACAACUACAUCCAAGGCGAGCGGCGCAACAGCAACGACGCCGUGUGCAAGGCCAUGCUCUUCAUGCUCUUCCUCAACCGGGGGGCCAGCAUCGCCUUCCUCACCGUCACGUCCAUCGACCGCUACUUCAACGUGGUGCACCCGGGCCGCAAGAAUCUGCUGAAAGCGCUCAAGAAGUCCCCGCACAUCUCCAUCUUCAUCUGGCUGCUGCUUCUGCCCCUCACCAUCCCCACCAUGCUCAAGAACUUCGACUGCUGCAAUAGCCACAAGAGCGACGGCAACCAGGAGGACACCCUCGUCAAGGACGUGGUGGACAGCCUACGCGAAGCGGUCUUCUUCACGCAAAUCGUCAUCCCCUUCGUCAUCCUGGUCUACUGCACCGCGCGCAUCGUCAACCGCCUGCGCAAGAAGACGGUGGGCGACCGGACCAAGCUGAGGCGGGCCGUCUUCGUGGUCACCUCGGUCAUGGUGGUCUUCUCCAUCUGCUUCCUGCCCUGCGCCAUCGCCCGGGCGGUGCUGCUGUUGGCCCGUGUGGAGGAGUGGCGGGAGGCCUCGCAGGACAAGGCGGCCGUGGUCUUCGACGGCCUCAUGGUUCUGUCCUACUUGGACUGCCUGCUGGACCCGCUCAUCUACUGCUUCUGCAGCACCAAGUUCAAGGCGCUCUACCUGUCCAAUUACUUCCCGUUCUUGCUGAAGGACGGCCCGCUGUCGCUGGACAGCUCCACGGCCAACGCGUCCAACCCCAAACGCGGCAACGUCAUCUGAACCCCGGCCGGGGUUUGGAAACGGGGACUCCGACGAGCUAUUAUCGCUGGGAGCGACCCGAUUAUUGUUUCCGCCACUUCAGAAAUGGUAAAACCACAAAUGGCAACAAUGCAGGGGAGGGUUUGGGAGGGGCAUAAAAAUGUGCUUUUUACUUUUGUGAGCAGGAUCACAUUGGUUCGGACAUUCUAAACAUCCACCUGCAAUGUAAAUAUUGACAUUUUCUAUGAUUUUCACGGCAUACACUGACGACACGUGCAAAAAGUACAACGUUUACCGCCUUUCGGGAUAUUUCAAUCGAAGCGAUCAAGCUGGACGUGGUGGUGGUGGUGGGGGGGGGGGGUGGCUGACAUUUUGCAUUCGAAGGGGAAGGCGUGACGUUUCCCUCGCUUUUCAACACCAAGUACUGAGCGAGCGAACAAAAAUAUGUUCUUUUCCAGCAAACUCACAAGUGUGAUAUAGAAAAUGAGAGCAAUUUUUAUCGCAAGGUCUUCUACGCGUGUAAUAGUGCCAAGUUUUGUUUUGUUUUUUCUGGUUCAGAGAUUCCCCGACCAGCGGGCCACGGGCCAUCUGGAGCUUUGCCGAGGGAAAGCAUCAAAUUUUACUGAACUGCUCAAAAAAAACGUGUGCGUCUUUGUUCCUUUAUUUAUGUCAGUGAGGUGCGACAGAACAAAUAAAUGCUUUUCGCUAAUUACUGCGCGUUAAUUUUUGUGACAUUUGGUGUCAAAAAUGUGCCUUGGCUCAAUGAUGGUUGGACAUCACUGCUUUAGUGGCCUUUGUCAUCAAUCUAUUAAACAACAGCAAAUAUAAAUCACGGGUGUGUGCGCUAUCGCCUUGAAAUAAAAAUCUUCACAAUUCAAUAAUCACAUUUACAACAUCAACAGUUUUCCACUUGGCUCACAGAAAACGCAAAUGGCAAUGACGUUAUCCAAAAGAAAUGUUGCGAGUUCACCUAAGAAAGCAAAGAUCUCAUUUCUCCGAGUGCGGCGCAGCUUAUCCCGAGCAAGUACCUCAAUACAAAAAUAAUAGCCUCAGCUCAAAUAAUCAUUCACUACAACUUGUAGAUGCCUCACCUCAAAUAAGCGCUUUCCUAUUUUAAGUCUCAUCCACUCCAUCAAACCUCAAACAAACACCUUCCUCUCAGCAGUUUUUGUAGCGCAUCACUCCCCCCCCCCCCCCGAAAAAAAAUCAAUACCUCACCCCAAAUAAGCACCUCC